AAUGAUGUUGUUGAUCCAGUUAUCAGAAUGGUGGAAAAAACAGGCUGCUUGGAACGACAUUACAGAGUCCAAGAAUGCAUAUCUGAGAAACAAGAUUGGAGGCAGUGCCAGGAUGAAGUUAAGGAUUUCAAAAAAUGCAUGAAUGAGUAUGAAGAACGAAAG